UGGCUUUUGAUUUAUUCGCCUGCCUCUUUGGCUUCCACCACAAAAAUAACUAUUAACCAACUCUUCUUCCCUCUGUCGAACAGAAGAGGAAUAUGAUUAUUGGGGGAAAUCUAGGGUUUACGUUACUUUCCUGCAAUCGAGAUCCAGACAACUCAGAGACUACUUCCCUUGAUCGUCUGCGAUUGGCUUCGGCAUUUGCUUGGAGACAUCGGAUUGGGCUGAUUCGUUGUAGUAUCUGAAAAAGAGCGUUAUUGGCGUCUGAAGAGAUGUAAGGUAACUAUGAGCAGUUUCACCAUGCUCCUCCAAACCAGCCAACGCCACCUUCUGUUCAGCCAGUGCCACCUGGCCUACCAGUUCCUGGACCUCCUCCUCCGGCAGUCUAUCAUAGCUCUUCCUUUCUUCCACAGAGCUACCAAACUCCACCUGGCCCUCUCCCUCAUCAAUUAGGAUCACCUUCUCUUGCAGUUCCACCGCCUCAAAGCAUCCCCCCACCUGCACCAAUGAACAUGGGGCAGUCUGAUGGGAAUUUACCUCCUCCUCCAUAUCCACCACAACCCCCUUAUUACUCUCUAUCUUUGCCAAGCCAUGGAACUUCUCAUGUUCCACUACCCAUCCCACCUCUUCCAAGAGUGUUUCCACCACCACCACCACCACCACCACCACCACCACCACCUCCUUCACAGGGUCAAGCGCUGUGCCAAAUUCCACCACCUCCUCCAUUCCGUAAUAUGCAGCAUAUACCCAUUCCUCAUUCUCAACCUCCUAGUUAUUUUCCAGUAAAUCCUGCUCACUUCUUGUAUUCUGGAAGUGUGCAUAGCGGACAUGAUGCUCAGCUGCCUUUUCUUCCACCACGUCCCCCUCCCCCUCUUCCAUCUUUGCCUCCUCCUGUUCCUCCAUCACCUCCUUCAGUGGCAUUUCCAGUAAUGGGCGAUGUAGUUGUUUCCAGUGGUUCUACACCUCCUAGGCUACAUGGAGGAAACACCUUAGAAGGUAUAGCUACUGAUGCUAGAACUACUUCUUCUCAGUCAACUGACAAUUCAUCUCUAGAUCACACAUUUCCUGUGGGUGAGCAUAUUGAUGCCCAAAAGAAGAUUCCUGAGGAUGAUGAAUCAUCUAGGAACCUUUCACUAGCAUCACCAAAGCCUAUUGAAGUAGUUCUUCAGCAAUUUUCUGUAUCUCAAAAUUCAUCCAAAAUGGACUUUCUUUUUGAAGCUAUUGGUGUGGAGAAUGAGUGGAGAAAUAAUUCUCCAGCUUCAUCGGACAUGGAUAUGGAAGAGGAUGGUGGUGGCCAGCUAGAAAAUGUUAGUGGUCACAGCAUAUUAAUGAAGGAACCAGUUGGAGUACCAACACAGGCAUCUGAUGAAGGCGGCAGUAGAUAUUCUUCACAAUCAAUUCCUAAUACAAAAGACAAGUUCACUUCAAACAAUGACCUGCAAAAUUUCUCACUUCCCUUGAUCCAGUCAGAUGAUGACAAAGAAUCAUCAUUCACAGAAGAUGUCAGCCCAGUCAGAUUGUCUCCUGGUGAUGCUGUUUGUGCUGAAGGUGUGCAUGCGCCAAAUUUUGUUAUACAAGAUAUGCAAGGUGCAAGCCUAGUUCCAUUUCAACUUAUACAGGGAUAUGCUUCUGACAAUAGUGAAGAAAAGGAUGAGAUUGAUGUCACUUCUGUGAGAACUUCAUCUCUUGCAGGCCUACCAAAUAUCCACACAGACAACAAGAUUGAGUUCAAAUUUGCAUCACCAAGUAUUCUCUCUCAGAGAACUGUUGAAGGAAAUUUUAAUAAGGCGGAAAUCAAUUUUGAGCCUUCUAAGAAUCAUGAUAUCAUGGAAACUAAUGACAUGGAUAUUGACUGAGUUGAAAUGCAGCAGACCAAGGAUGCAAGGCAGGAUUCAAGUGAGCCAAAGCUAGAUGAGUUUGGGAGACUUGUAAGAGGUGGUGGUGUCAGUGAUGGUGAUUCUGAUGACAUGCAAUAUAAAGAUAAGCAUGGAAAUAGAUG